AUGAGUGAUCUUUUAAAAAUAGAAACAGUGAAUAUACUGAUGGGCGAUACCGUGAAAACUUCUGAAUCGCUCACAGAGGAAAACCAUGACCCGAAAUUGCAGGAACUAAUUACAAAAUGGAAUUUGAGCCCAUCAAUCUACGCCAUUCUCAUCCAACAUGGAUUCUCAGUUGAGUACCUGAAAGGAAUGGACGAUAGGUCGUUGGACGACGUUUUUUCAGUGGCCAAAUGGACCGGGCAUAAGUGUGCCCUUCGACAAAAGUUGGUUUUGUGGCAAGACAGCGUUUUAUACCAAACAGCAAGCACAUCAAGCGCACAACAAAAUUCGCCGGAGGUAAACACAGUGGAAGUCCCAAGAACAUUGCUAUCACAAUCAAACCAACUGAAACAUCGUCUAUUGCCGACUACAGUAACAACGGAAUUGUUCAAUGACAUUCUCAGUCGCAAUGAGAAAGGUAAAAUUGUUGUAAAACAUUUCCAUAAUCACCAGUGCCUCGAUGCUACCCAUAGAAAAUAUUUGGCUCACACGAUUGUCGAUUAUUACAUCGCCAACGAGCUGUAUUUUCCGUUACCUGACAUGGCCAAAUUUGCUCAACUUAUAGCUGCGCGUUUUACAACAGAGCUAGCGGUGAUCUACUAUAAUCCCCGGGACGCCAAAGCUGAUAAAAAACACCCAUCCGGAUUAAUCUACGAUCGCUUUCACAAUCGGAAUAAGAAAAGAUUGCUUAAGGUUCCUAAGGAAACGGAAAGCAAUUUUCAAGAAGCAAAGUAUGCUGCACUGCAUCUUUCUGAAGACGACAUCACAAAGCAAACAGUACUGAAGAACUGGCUUCGCAAUAACUUCGCUCCGGCUGAGGACGUUCAGAUUAAGUGGAAACAAUCAGUGUCAUUGCGUUUGCGUUCAAUUAUCAAUGAAGCUGAUAUUGAAAAGGCAGAUGUACUAUCUGAAUGGCCUAGAAUCCUCGAUGAAACUGGAUAUCUGUUGAUCGAUUCAGACUUUGAUUUUCUCUUCGGGAAUUCUGAGAAACUGUUCAACGAAUGGAAUGCAUUCUCCGGUAAUUUCUUGAACUACAUCCGAAGCAUCGAGAUAAAAGACGACCACUCACGACAGCUUCUCGACUCUCUAGCAGAUUUCCAUUAUCAAGAUAGUCGUGAUUUGGUCGUAUGCUACGUAUUUCAAGCUGUUGUCAAACCAACACGAAGCAGUGGUAGAAAGCUUCCAACAAUACUACAGGCACAAUUUGACGUCUGUUGUCUAUUGCAAACCUACGACGAGUAUAUUGAAGAUCUCCGUGCGCUGCGACAGGAAUGCGAAACAGCAAAAGUUCAAAUGACUCCACGCAUUUAUGCUAUAGGCAGCAUUGAACACAUUGAAGCAUUCUAUGUCGUAACCGGAAAGUUUGAGUAUAAAUUGCCGUCUCUUUUGCGUAGCUUGGAUGUCAUCAUCAAGCUGAAGCACGUGCUUGACUAUCGUUUUCCAGAUAGUUGCGAAGCUUUCUGGGGCUUCGUAACCCGGUUCUUCUACGGAAUCGAAUAUAGAAGGAAGUCCAAGAAUAAUCAGCUGCUUCAAUUAAUCGCAUAUUUAGAAUCUCUCCACGGAGGAGAUAAGUAAUGGACUGUUACCUCUGCCACAACUUCUUUCCCAACGUCGAUAAUUUACUGCAACAUAUUCAAGUGGAACAUGGAGUUCCCAGCAUUGCGAAUUUUAAGUGCACUGCAUGUAAACCUACAACGAUUUUCAAAGAUGUGCAUCGCUUCAAACGCCACAUAACAUCUCGUCAUUUUUCGCCGUUUCAAACAAGCAGCGCUUGUGUACAAAAACAUCCUGAAGAUGGAGUUGAUAUUAUCGCGACUCAUCAACCUGAAAGUUGCGACGUAACAGAAGUACUAUCGAGUAAAGCGAUUGAAGAUGAUCACGCUACGAGAGAUAAUACAGUAGAUGAUAAUGAUAACGAUAGGCCAUUAAAAUGCAAAGAAGAAGAAAUAUUAGAAAUAAGAAGUAGGUUAAGAGAGUUCUUUUUAAGUUUUACAAUAAGUUUACUUAGCAAAAAAAAUCUUACUAGAAAAGAUGCCAUCGAACUGCAACAUAACAUUACCGAAGACAUUGUUGUACCAAUACUAGAUGCCAUUAGCAAAA